GGUCUAACAAUAUAAUUCUCACACUGCAACAAUCAGUUAUGUGGCUUCAAACUAGCCUCAAGGGACCACAGAUACGAGGGAACUGUACCACGCUUUUGAAUAUCCACCCCCAACACCAGGAGACUGACAAACUGUACUCACGAGCCAUUUCGACUUCGUUAUAUCUGUGCUUGAGGGGGCGUGGUCAUUCCCAUCGGACUCGGCCAAUGGCGUCGCACUGAAAGGAGCUGGGCGUUCCAUUCGGUUAGGAGCAGAAGUUGAACAGCGCGAGCCGAGACAGAGCUCUAGAAAGGCAGAUAGGGAGAGGGCAGAGGCAACGGCCCUCUACUGGAGGGGGGGCUUAUUAUAACAAAUAUAUACACACAUGUGUGAACUGUUGGGCUGCACGAUAGGUCAUAUGUGGAUAAUAGUUAUUUUAGAAAAGCAUAUAACUGCGGCUUUACAUUUAAAAUGCCUAUUUUACUUUUCCUGUUAGACACGUCCGCCUCUAUGAAUCAGCGCACUUAUUUGGGUACGACGUAUCUGGACGUUGCUAAAGGCGCGGUUGAGGUCUUUAUGAAGCUGCGUGCCCGAGACCCGGCUAGUAGAGGCGACAGGUACAUGCUAGUUACAUUCGAUGAUCCACCAUACGGAGUGAAGGCUGGCUGGAAGGAGAACCAUGCCACCUUCAUGUGCGAGCUGAAGAAUCUGCAGGCGUCCGGGCUCACAACAUUAGGACACGCUCUUCGCACCGCCUUCGACCUGCUUAACCUCAACCGCCUCAUCUCGGGAAUCGACAACUACGGGCAGGGCCGCAACCCAUUCUUCCUCGAGCCAUCUGUGAUCAUCACCAUCACUGAUGGGAACAAGCUCACGCACAGCUCGGGAGUGCCAGAUGAGCUGCACCUGCCUCUGAAUUCUCCCUUGGCUGGCAGCGAGCUGACCAAAGAGCCUUUUCGCUGGGACCAGCGUCUGUUUGCAUUGGUACUGAGGCUGCCAGGAGCAGCUACACCAGAUAAUGAGCAACUUGGUAGUGUCCCCACGGACGAGUCUGCAAUCACCCAGAUGUGUGAAGUUACUGGAGGGCGAUCAUACUGCGUGCGAACACAGAGGAUGUUGAACCAGUGUCUGGAGUCUCUGGUCCAAAAGGUUCAAAGCGGUGUUGUCAUUAAUUUUGAAAAAACCGGCCCAGAUCCGCCUCCAAUUGGGGAAGAUAACUCUGUGGACUCAAGUCGGCCCGUGUCAUCCUUCAGCCCACAGCCAUGGCACAGCUGCCACAAACUCAUCUAUGUGCGACCAAACCCAAAGACUGGGGUGCCAGUCGGGCAUUGGCCCAUACCAGAGUCCUUCUGGCCGGACCAGAACUCUCCAACCCUACCACCUCGCACUGCUCACCCCGUGGUGCGUUUCUCUUGCGUGGACUGUGAACCCAUGGUGAUCGACAAGCUUCCCUUCGACAAGUAUGAACUGGAGCCCUCUCCGCUCACCCAGUACAUCCUGGAAAGGAAGUCCCCACACAUGUGCUGGCAGGUGUUUGUCAGCAGCAGCGGGAAGCAGAAUGACCUGGGGCAUCCUUUUGGCUACCUUAAAGCCAGCACCACUCUCACCUGUGUUAAUCUGUUUGUUAUGCCGUACAACUACCCAGUCCUUCUCCCACUCCUUGACGAUUUUUUCAAAGUGCACAAACUAAAACCGAACCUUAAGUGGCGACAGGCCUUUGAGAUGUACCUGAAGACGAUGCCUCCAUACUACCUCCUGCCCUUGAAAAAGGCACUGAGGAUGAUGGGAGCACCUAACCUUAUCGCGGACACCAUGGACUGCGGACUGAGUUACAGCGUCAUUUCUUACCUGAAGAAGCUCAGCCAGCAGGCAAAAAUGGAGUCGGAUCGUCUGAUUGUGUCGGUGGGGAAAAAGGCUCCGCAGGAAACCGGCAUAAAGGUGAAGAACCACUCCAGCUCGCUUUCUCUAGCCCACCGGCGAGACUUUAAGCAGCUGCUGCAGGGAAUCACGGGGGAGGGGCCCCUUCGCCUGGCGGACAUUAAUUUCAAAGAGUUUGCCGGUUUCCAGAUCGUCCUGCUCAACAAGGAUGUAAAGCCUCAAGCUUAUCGGAAUGCCUACGACAUCCCGAGACGGAACCUCCUGGAUCAGCUCACACGAAUGCGCUCCAAUUUGCUGCGGACGUCACUAAAACUGAUCCGAGGGCAAGAUGAAGAUUCCCUGCACAGUAUUCCAGUGGCUCAGAUGGGGAACUAUCAGGAGUACCUAAAAAUGAUGCCGUCUCCUUUGAGAGAGAUUGACCCCGAUCAGCCUAAACGGCUGCACACAUUUGGGAAUCCUUUCAAGCAGGAUAAGAAGGGGAUGAUGAUCGAUGAGGCGGAUGAGUUUGUAGCAGGCCCUCAAAAUAAGAAGAGAGGAAAUUCCAGUGACUCCAAUUCGGGUGCUACUGUGAAGAGAAGGCGGAGCAUGUCACCGUUGCUGCGGCGGCCGCAGACACCAUCAGGGAACACCAACCAUGUGGUGAUUGGGAAGAACCUAGCAGGGAUUCAGGGGCAGCAGAACCUCCUCAAACCGGUUCCACAGAACAAAGGAGUGGAUAGCAGCAACAUGGUGGUCACAGAGAGUAAUGGCGACAGCGCUCUCGUGCUCGACUCUGGGGAAAUCUGGCCUGCAGAGAUGGAAACUGAGGCAGGGAAUACAUCCUCACCGAGUUUAGAGGAGAACGUUGGGACAGGAGCAGCAGUUUGCGGGGAGGACCUCGGUACGAUGGAGGAAAGGCUGGUGGAAGAUCAUCUAAACGAGCAGCCGCUGGAGGAGAAGCACAACUGUGAACGCCUGAGUCCACAGAGCCAGCUGGAUGGCGCUGACGCUGAGCCGGCAGUGCCUGAGAUCAUUUUCAUAGCUCCACUAGACGGCAACCUGGCAGAGCUGCGGACGCGGGUCAUCAAGGAGGUCCGCAAACCCGGACGAAACUAUGAUGCAAUACUCAGACUACUGCAGCAGGUGAAAGGCCCGCCAAACGUACAGAGGUACUUCAUCCAGCACGCCAUCAAAGAAGCAAUGAGGUUCAAGAAGCGAGUACUGAUCCAGCAGCUGGAGAACGCCCUCGCGGAGCUGGAGGAGAAGCAAACAACACCACAGCUUCCCAAUGACCAUGGCAGGUAGUGACAAAGCAGCUUUUGCUUAAAUUUUCUUGCCGGCUGGACAUCGCCACCCGAAGAGAGGCAUCCCUCUAGACCAAGCCUCGGAAAUUCCGAUUUGGAAACCAGCUUUGGAGAGGAACAAAUGCACUGAUAGUCCCUGUGCUGUACGUCACAUCCUGUUAGAGGCAGAGGGCUUAUUCAGAGGAGGGGCCUUGGGGAGCAGCUCCACUGGGGAUGAGUACAGAGACUUUAAAAAUAAUCCUCUGACAGAUGCCUUAAACACCCAUAUGGCUUUUGUCUGUAUGGGAACGUUGCUCAGAAACCACACAUACACUCCAUUAGACAGAUAACACAGUAAGCCAGCAGAGCAAUGGAUAGACUGGCUUAUUGGGAUAGUUAUGCUAAAAAAUAAAAAACAAAACAAAAUAGGCCCUUCUUCAGCUGGUCUGAAAAGUGUUUUAUGGGUAAUAAAGUGUGCAUUCAUGAAAAUUCAUGGAUGGAAGGAGAAAUACUGUCCAGAAGCAAGACAAACCCUCAUAUUUUUUUGUGUUAAAUCUGCAACAGGAUGCACUUUGUUGUCCAUGUUACUGUUGAUCAAUAUUCCCCCAUUAUUAGUGGUUGCACUGGCAUCAGAGGUGGGCAAUAUGGGAAUAAGACUAUGAGUGCCAUAGAAGUGGAAGUAACAGAAAACAGAGAUUUGAGACGUCCAAACCUUCAGCAUCAGAAUCUGUGAGAUGUCGGCUUUCAGCCCCGACAGCGUGUUUGUGUACGUGCCAUCGGCUGAACAAUCCGCGCUUUGUGCAGAAUCCGUUUACCUGCUCUCAUUUGCUGUUUUAGCUGUUUGGUGGUUGCUGAAAUAGUUUUGUGAGCUUUAACCGGAGAUUCUGACAUUGCUGGCAAAAUACAUUUGUAUUUAAAAAUCGAUUCAGGAUUUAAUGAAUCGAUAAGGUGUUAUUCAAGCUAAAAUCGAUUUGAAUCAGAAAAGCGAGUUUUUUAAACCCACCCCUAGUAGAGAUAUAGAGUCGCUUUUCUGAGAAUGCAUUAGAAAUGUGUAUUUAUGGCUAAAUCAGUCAGCAGGCUGCAAACAAGGCUGCACAUUAUGGAAAAUACUGUGUUCAGUAUUGGUGUGUAAUAGAUUUGAGUCAACGGUAUAGCAAACUCAUAGUGUGCAUAUGACCAUAUUGCCCAACCCCAAACAGCAUUAAAUAAGACUUCACAUAUGCCUCACUCAUGGCAGCUCCCAACAUGUUCUGAACCCACAACCAGCUCCAACCUUUUAAAGCGUGACUUUGAAGGACAGCACCAAGUAGCCGAAUCAGUGUUUUUUUGUGAUAGUUGCACAGAAGCAGCAGUGUUUACCGGUUUAGUGACCGAGGCACAUUCUUCCUCUCACCUGCCAUCACAGCAAUACAACAUGGGUCACUCCUGCAACUCCACAGGCGCACACUCACGCCCGAGUCAUCCUCACACCUCAAACGCUCCAGCGGUUCCCCAGCGUAACGCAGUUUUGCAUCCAGCAGUCACCUUUUUGUUGAAGUUGAACCUUUUGCAUUUCUCCUCUGCUGCUUUUCAGAUGAACCCGGCGUCAGCGCUCCUCCUGAGUUCUCCUUGUUUUUACAACAGAUGUACACUACUUUUUAAUGUUCAUAGGGAAUAGAGAUUAUUUUUGUGAAAUUGCUUAUUUCAGAGUCUAAGAAAUAUUUUGAAAGACAAAUGUUCAAAGCCAUUUUUGUAAACUGUUAAAAUACAUAUACAAAGUGGAAAGUUUUA